UUCCUGAAGGAUGUUCAGAGCCACUGUGGGAUCUGUAAAGGUCAACCGAAGAUGAGAUCAUCAAUGUGUGUUGUUGCUCUGGUGAUUCUGGUUCUGCCUGGGGUGCAGACAUUUGUGCCAAUAGGUAGUGGCAACACACAUGUGACCAUCACCGGCAAUGCUGUGAUGAAAAAGAUCUAUGAAGUAUGUGAGGCGGUGGCUGAGUCAGAAGGAAGACCAUUCAACCCAACAGGUUCGUCUGCAGAGGAACUGCUGAUUGCAUGUUUGGGUACAGCCACUGGUCAGGUGUCAGGUGCCAAGUUCCAUGAAGCCCUGAAUCAGAUUUACAUGCAGAAUGGACUCGUGGAUCGUGACUAUGUGUCCAGUAACCCGCAUCACUUCAAUAGUGAGGCUUUUAAAGAGGGACAUUCUCUGAUCAGCAAGGGUGUUGCCUCAGUCAAAGCCAACAUUUGUAGAAAUAACUUACAGGCUGCUCGAGAAACACUGGGAAGAGUUUUACACACUGUACAGGAUUUUUACAGCCACACUAACUGGGUGGAGCUGGGUAACAAGAACACUUAUAUCAACAUCAUUAAACCAGAUCUCACCAUUGACAACGUUGCAGAUGUGGACACGCCAACCUGCCGUGAUUGUGCCAGCGGUACUUGUUCAAAGCCCCUCCUGCCCUCCAUUUUAAGAAAGAAGAAACUCACAUCAGGGUACAUGGGCCUGGUUUCUCCCAACAAACCUAAAGGUAAAUGUAGUCAUGGUGGAAAUGAUGAUCUCACCAGUACCCAAAAUCCUCGUGGUGGAAUCAGCAAAGAUGAGCGUCGUAACCAUAAUGCAGUCCUACACGACACUGCAGUCGCACUGGCAACAGAUGCGACUGCUGAGCUCCUGGAAGAUAUUCGUGGAGCCGCUGGCAAUAAAGAUUUUCUGCGGAUGAUGGGCAUUGCUCGUACUGCAGUCUUAUGCUUUGUAAUUGACACAACAGGCAGCAUGUCUGAUGACAUCGCUGAAGCUAAGAGAGUUGCAUACAAAAUCAUUGACAGUAAGAAAGGGACACAGGAUGAACCUUCAGAGUACAUAUUGGUCCCAUUUAAUGAUCCGAGCUUUGGGCCACUUAUAAGGACAACAAACCCAGACACGAUGAAAACUGAGAUUUCAAAACUUGGUGCCAAUGGUGGUGGCGAUAUCCCAGAAAUGUGUUUGUCAGGACUGCAGCUGGCUCUGACUGGAGCUCCUGCCUCCUCUCACAUUUAUGUUUUUACUGACGCCACUGCAAAAGACAGUCACUUAGAAAGAACCGUCAUGGCCCUCAUCCGCAGCACCAAGUCCACUGUCUCUUUCUUCAUGACAAACAACCUCAGAUCAGCAAGAUCUUUGCACACACAAGGACGCUCAGGUUUCCAGGUGUAUUAUGACUUGGCUUUGGCCUCCGGAGGUCAAGCUAUUGCGGUCAGUAAAGCCAGCCUGCCCAGUGCUACUGACAUCAUCUUAGAUACCUCCACAUCUGCUUUGGUCACGAUCUUGCAGCGAGCCAGGAACCCAGGUCGUGUGGAGAAUUUCCCCUUCCUAUUAGACAUGUCGUUGUCCAAUGUUACUGCCUAUUUGACAGGAAAUAACCUCAAGUUCACUCUGCGUAGCCCAUCAGGUACAUCUCAGGCUCACACUGAAAAUAAAGGGCCUCUCGCUACGAUUCAGACUGUGGGGAACCUGCGGCGGAUUCACUUCGACAAUUUAAAUGAAACGGGCAAAUGGCACAUCAGCAUGGAAUCCACAGAGCCCUACACUAUCAAAGUGACAGGUCAAAGUCCAAUAACUUUUAUUUACGACUUUGUGGAGGAAUUCGGUGGACCACACUCAGGAUUUGCUAUUAUUGAUGGCCGUCCACAGAAAGGCUUACCUGCUAAACUGUUACUGACAAUGACUGGACAGAAGGGUGCUGAAGCUCUGAAGCUACAGGAAGUUACUCUAGUGGAGGUUUCAAACACCAAAGUGGCGAAUGGAGUCAUUGCAGAAAUGGGUGGUGGAGACUUUCUGGUGACUGUGAAUCAAGUUCCAGAAGGAGAAUUUGUGGUUAUGAUGAAAGGAGAAGAUAUGACAACUUCAAGCAACUUCCAAAGGCAGACCACAACACAGAUGUCCCAGUCUCAAGUCACUGUCAAUGCUGUAGUAAACAGUGUGAUGGUGCCAGGAAAAGACUUUAGUGUACCUUUUAUGGUAACGACUGAUGGAACAGGUGGAGACUUCACAAUCAGUGCUAAGAACGACAAAAAUUUUCCGUUGGCAUAUAACAAGAAACUGACUCUGAACACAGGAGGUAAUGCUUCCAGCACAGUGACUGUCAAACCUCCUGCAAGCACAGAAUCAGGAACUGAUGUCACUCUGACCAUUCUGGUGGAAGGGCCUAGUGGUGUUGAUUCUAACUACGCUGUGCUCCGCCUUUCUGUCCUCACUGAGGUGAUUGACUUUACUUCUCCAAAGUGUGAGAUUGUUGGUGUAAGUCAGCACUGUCACAGUCUUUCUAACUGCUCCCAGUCAAACUGGGCCCUAUCUGUCAACAUCACCGAUGGCAGUGGUUCUGGUAUUGAACGUGUCUCCACCCAACAAGGGACUGGCAACUUCUCCUACGAGACUGUGGUGGAGGGGGGUAUAACCGUCAUGAUGGGUUACUACAAAGCCUCCUGCUGCUCACCUGAUGUAACUGUGACUGCUGUUGAUAAGGAGGGAAAUGUCGGGAAAUGCACCUACACUGUCCAGAAGAGCGGAGGGGUUUCCCUCAGUCUGUCUCUGCCUCUAUGGGUCUGUCUGCUGGUUUCAACCCUGAGCAUAAUGCGUGAUGUGCUUCCGUUGUAAUGAAAAAUAAAGGAAUAUUAAAGUCCUGGUGCAACCACAUGAAAAUUUUCCCCGAUGUAAUAAAAAUGACU